CUUCAUUUGAAUUGUAUGAACUCUUCAAAUCAAUAUUUAAAUAUUCAUUAUCAGAUUAAUCUCAAGCCGUGGUGAGCGUUUAUGUCCAUCAGCAUAAGAAACAGCACAGCAGGGAAAGUCCACUGUUCAUUCUGUGUAGAGCUUCAUUCAGAACUGUGAACACCUUAAAAAAUAGUCCUGUACCAGAGAAAGGAGGUGGGGAGGAAGUAGAAGAGGAACUGUGAGGCUUCUGAGAAGCUGUGACUGUGACUGUGAGGAUGGAGGCAGCAGCUGUAUAAAGGGAGCACAGAGCAGGUCUGGAACCCACAUCAGACCAGAUCAGCACAAAGACCCACUGAGCAUCCAACCUGAAGAACGUCUGUCUCUGUGAGGGAACCAUGAAGACGCUGGUGAUCGCUGCCCUGAUCCUCAUCUGCUGCCUGUGUCACCACUCUGAUGGUCAGCGUGCAGCACGACAGCUUUUGGAAAGUGGAUGCUGUGACUCCAACUCUGAACAUCGGGUUCCUCUGAGACGCAUUACAUACAUGGGAAGGACCCCAAAUGACUGUCCUCUGAAAUCAGUUGUAAUCAAGACAGCCGUGAGGGUAAUUUGUGUUAACCCUGAACUGGACUGGGUGACGAACGCACUAGACGAUUUUCAGGACUUAACAGCCACUGAAAAAUCACCAUCUGCCUCAAGGAAAAAGUCUCAUAAGAGACAUUAAUAAUGUUAAAUAACUGUGUAAAUGCAGCUCUGUAAGUGACAAUUAUUAGUCAAUAUGGAAAAUAUGUUUAUAUUAUUCGGUUAUCACAAUGUAAAAUAAUUUGAUGAUACUCAUUUAAAGUAAUAUUUCAUACCCAUCAUUGUACUAUCUGAAAUGUACAGCAUGUUAUGAUGUAAUUCACCUUUCUAAAUAAAUAUAUAUUUUUUGCA